AUGUCGUCCGAAAAGAAAAUUGUCUUCAUCACUGGCGCCAACACCGGGCUGGGCUACGAGACCGUCAAGGCUUUGUAUGCCUCUCCCGAGUCGUACCACAUCGUCGUCGGCACUCGCACGCUUUCCAAUGGCGAGGAUGCGAUUACCCGUCUGAAAUCCGAGGUUCCCAACAGCUCGUCGACUCUUAGCACUGUUCAAAUCGACAUCACCUCUGACGCGUCAAUUGAAGCCGCCCUGGCCACGAUAAAGAGCGACCACGGGAAGCUUGACGUGCUCAUCAACAACGCCGGCGCUGCCUUGGACGGCGAGCUGACCCCCACCACCCCGGCUGCCCAGAUACGCUCAGUAUUCAACAAAACCUGGGACCUCAAUGUCAGCAGCCCCCACGUUCUUACCACGCUGGCCAUGCCUCUCCUCCUCGAAUCUUCUGACGCCCGUCUCGUCUUCAUGUCCUCAGGAACGGCCUCGAUUUGGGAGACGCUACCAGAGAACUGGGGCAAUAUGCACCACCUUCCCCGCCUCAAUGCCAGUCCCGAGAAGGGCUGGCCAAAGCCCGCCAACUCGCCCAUCUCGAGGACGGCCUACCGGUCCGCAAAGGCGGGACUGAACAUGCUGAUGCGCGAAUGGGCCCGUGUUCUGAAGGACGAUUCGGUUAAGCUGUGGGGCGUCAGUCCAGGCUUUUUGGCUACCGGGUUGGGAGGGCACGGCAGAGAAAUGAUGUUGAAGAUGGGUGCGGAAGAGCCGAGCGUCGGUGGGGAGUUCCUUCGCGACAUAGUCCAAGGGAAAUACGACCAUCAGGUUGGCAAAGUCAUUCGGGCGCAAGGUAUACAGCCGUGGUAG